AUGAAGCGGCUCGCCCCGGACCUCAGACCGGCCUCCGUGUCCCCGCUGCAGCUCUCCGUCUACUGCCGCCUCUCCCUCAUCUUCUUCUUCACCCCCUUCCUCUUCUUCCUCGACGUCUUCGCGGCCGCGGUCACCGCCGAGACGUGUCGCCAUGACAACGGCACCGGUUCCGCCGCGGCGGGGAACCAAUCAGAGGCCGAGGAAGUUUCGGAGGACGACGCUGAUUGGUGGAGGUCGGAGGGCGGGAACCAAAACUGUGGCUGGACGGACUUGUUGCGUUACGGCCAGACUCUCUUCUCAGUGGGUCUGCUGCUGGGAUCUCUGGUGGGCGGAGCUAUCUCAGACAGGUACGGGAAGCGCCCGGUGCUGCUGGUGUGCGUGUGCGUGCACGCCGUGUGCGCCCUGGUGCCCGCCGUCCUCCCUCAGCUGCUCGUCUUCCUGGCGGUGCGCUGCGUGACGGGCGUCUGCUGCUGCUGCAUCAACAUCUGCGCCUUCAGUCUGGCCGUGGAGUGGACGUCUCCCUCGGCUCGCCUGUGGCCGCCCGCCUUCCUGCCCUUCUGCUUCAGCCUGGGGACGAUGGGCGGAGCCCCGCUGGCCUGGCUCAGCCCCACCUGGACGCGCCUGCACCUGGCGAUGGCGGUGCCUCAGCUGGUGUGCCUGCCCCUCUACCUCGCCAUCCCAGAGUCUCCCAGCUGGCUGCUGCUGAAGAGGAAGAUGGACGUGUUGGAUGGUUACCGUAGCAACAGCCCGGCAGAUAAACAAUGUGUCGACCUGCUGCUGGACUCGGCCUGGUCGGACCUGCAGAAAGCCGCCGAGGCGCAGAAGGCGGAGACACCUGCAGGAGGCCACGCCCCCUGUGACAUCGCACACCUGAGACACCCCACUGUGCUGCUGCGGCUGUUUAUCAUGAGCUAUCUGAGCGCCGCAUCCGCUCUGACGUACUUCGGGAUCUGCAUGAACAUCGGCUCGUUCGGCGUCGGCGUCUACUCCGCCCAGUUCUUCUCCGGCCUCUCGGAAGCUCCCUGCCUGCUGGUGCCGCUGAUCGGCCUGGGGCGCCGGCCAAUCAGCAUGCUCGCCCUGCUGCUGAGCGGCGCCGCCUGCUUCGUGUCGCUGCUGCUGUCCAGAUGCGACGUGGCGCCAGUGCUGGUGAUGACUUCAGCUCUGCUGGGAAAACUGUGUAUCCUCGCCGCCACCUUCAUCUCCACACUGUACUGCAUUGAGCUGUUCCCCACUGUGGUCAGGCAGCGCUGCAUCUCGCUGGUCAACCUCUGCUUCCGGCUCGGCUGCCUCGUCAACACCCUCGUGCCUCCGAGUCCCGGAGGAGCGAUCUCAUUGGCCGCCAUGGUGGCGUACAGCAGCGGACCAAUCAUAGGCUGCGCUCUGUGCCUGCUGCUGCCCGAGACCAGCCACAUCCCACUUCCCGACUCCGUGGAGGACUGUGACCGGCAGCCCCGCCUACUGAGCAUGCGCGCCCUCUGGAGGACAGGAUGUUUUUUUAGCAAGCUGAUGAGCGCCGAGAGCAAGAAAACGCAGAAAGAUGACAAGCAAACGCCGGACACUCAAACGGGACUUAUCUGAACUGAAACAUUAUUUGUACUGUAUUUACU